GCACAGUUAACUGUUCGCAUGUCACGCUCCUAUUGGAUAGUUACUAAACUAUAUCAAUAUCGUUCAAUUCUAUAGCAUCAUACACAAAUAACUCGUGUACUACCAUAGUUCACGGAACACGUUUCUUAUUCUACUGAGUCACUAAACCAUACAAAUAUUUAAUUUAAUAUUAUCAUAAUCAUAACAACUAAAUAUUAUAACACACAAACUAAAUUAUUUUAAAAAUCCCUUUCUAGUGAAUAGGCUGGACUCAAAACUAGCAGUUGUACACUCAAAUUCAGUAAAAACUAGAAAGCAAAAGUGUAACACCUUAGCCAAAUUCCACAUCGACAAAGCACGGGAGAGAUAUAUGGUUCAUAAAUAGGAAACCGGUAUUAACUGACAAGACUGGUUUUGGGGUGAAAUGGAGAAGUUCUUGUGAGAACUCCGAAGUUAAACGUGCUUAGUUUGGAGUACAACAAUGAUGAGUGACCUUAUAGAAAGUCACUCUGAAUUGCACCCAAAUUCAAAAACCGUGAGAGAUGAGGUCCAAAAUGGACAAUAUCUUUCUCGGGAAAAAGUUCGUGAUGUUAAAAAAGCUUUAAAAAAAAGUUGCAUAACCCAAAACAGAGCGUUCUUAUGGGCCCAUAGAAAAACUCUGCUGCAGUUUAAAGGGAAGUUCAACUAGGCCCAAAAUCAGAGCUUACCGUCGGUUCCAAAAAGGUGAAAGCGACAACCGAGUAGUCAGGCCAUUUCCAUCGGCGGAUUAGUUCUCUUACCUCGUAAUUCUCCACCGGAGACGAAGUUAUUCCGGCACUCUGUUUUAGAUUUUCAAUCGGUAAGCAUUGCCCCUCGACCCGAAUCCCUCUCUUCCUCCAUCUCCUCCCUCGUAUCGCUUCUGCUCUUCUUUCAUUUUAUGACUCUGUUCUCGAUAUAGUUUUCAGGAGUAGUAGGAAGAAGAAGAGGAAAGAAUGGCGAAGUCUUGCAAGGGCCUCGCUACCGAGCUCGUCAAGUGUCUAAGCGAAUCAGACUGUGUUAAAGUUGAGAAUCGUUCCAUCAGGGAUUGUGCCGGAGAGAAGAGUCCCUCCGUUUCCAGUGAGUGCGUCGGACUUCGGGAAACCUAUUUCAACUGCAAGCGAGGCCAGGUUGACAUGAGAGCUAGGAUUCGAGGAAACAAGGGCUAUUAGGCGAACCAGGAGCGAGCUGAGUAAUUUCUGGUCCUGCAUGCGAUCUACUCCUUGGCCGCGCACAGAUGAUCACAGUAUGACUCAUUCUGUUUUAGUUUUUUCCACCUUCUCAAAAUGGAGACUUGAAUGCAUGAAUGAAUGACCUUCCACUGUAGUCAUGCUAGGAAGCGUCAGGGUUUUGAUUAUUCUGGAACACACAGUACUAGAUCGAUUUGUUUUUCCCUUGUCGGGUCGGCCUUUGCACGGUCGAAGCAGAAUUUUCAGAGUGGCCGUGAGAUUUGACGAACUUUUUGAAGUGCCGUAGAUUGUAAGAUAAACAGGCAUGUAAAUUACAUGUUAAAUUAAAUCUAUAGAUUAUCGGACGCGUAAUUGAUGUUUUCUGAUGGCGUCGGCGGCACUAAGCAAUAAAACAUACUGGAUAGUUACAUACUUGCGUCUCAAGGCUCGAAAGACUGAUAAUGCGGGUCCGGGAGGAGCAUUAAUUUCAUUACAUUACACGGUUUAUGUAGCCAAACCACCGACUGCUAUGAUUGAUACAAGAUUGUCAUGUCGGGUUCUUCAUUGUCAUAGUUACGCUAAUCGUGAUUCGCUCACAUAUUCACUCUAGUUUGAUGAGAUCAAACGGUAGUCUUUUUUUUUUUUUUUUUUUGGUAAAUAUCAAACGGUGUCUUUUAGUAAGGGCUUGAUUGGAUUUCGAAAUAGCGGCCCCUCCAACUAUGUGGAAAUAACUUUGUCUUGUUAUUUUUUUUUAUUGUUAAUCCAAGAUAACCCCUAUGACCCUUUUCUUUUGUUCAUUGUUCCCAUCUGUCUAUCAACCUCUCAACCUCCAUUCCACCAAAAACAAACGACAAUGACGACGAUUCAUUCCUUGCUAACAAAAGACCACGAUUUUUAAAGAGGACGGUGAUGACUUAUGUGAAUGUUUUUUUCUCAGGUAGAUUUAUUACAUAUAACAUCAUGGUAUCCUUUAAAUGUUUUUUUAAGUUGAAGAAGAAGAAUAAUAAGGGAGGAACUGGUUUACUUGCUUUUAAGAUUGAUAUGGAUAAGACUAAUGAUCGAGUAGAAUGACAUUUUAUGGAAGCUAUAAUGGGUCGGAAGGGAUUUGUGGGGAGGCGGGUUCAACCGAUCAUGAUGUGUGCUCGCACAGUUUCCUACUUAGUCCUAGUGAAUGACCACCAAUCCACGAGAUUUAUUCAGAGUUGUGGCAUACGAAAAGGGGAUCCUUUGUCACUGCUUCUAUUCCUUAUUUGUGUGGAGGAUCUCUCGACAUUUACGAAGUCAUCGAUGCACGCUAAUUGCCUCCAUGGCCUGGUACUAGCUCCGGGAACUCUCAUUAUCUCCCACAUUAUUUCACCGAUGAUAUUAUUUUCUUUAGUAGGGCUAUUUUGCACUAAGGACAUUUUUAAAGAAUACGAGGAGGACUCUCACCAAUUGGUGAACUUUUAAAAGUUUCAAGUAUCUUUCAGCGAGAACAUGAAUCCGCAUCAUAAGCUAUUAGCUAUUGGUUAGUGAAGCGCUUAAUAUGAAGAUUGAAGACGGUGGAGAAGCUACCACCUUUCACCACCACCUACAACAAUUUACCAAACUAUAUUAGGAUAGUAUAUGAUGACUCGAUAUUUGCACAUGUUUUCCCCUUUGUUUCUUGAUCGUUUAAGCUUGCAUUAUCGCUUCUUUGGCCUAUUUUACGCUAGGUUGUGUUCCUUUGUUACAUUUCAGGUCCUAGCACAUAAAGUGAAGCAUAGGCGCAAGUUUCAAGUCAAUCAGAGAUCAAUUGGCGAUUCGGGAGAAGAAACUCGGGCAUGACCUGAAGAAGAAUGGAUUUCUACCUCACUUAAUGGACAAAUAAUCAUGAAAGCUUGUCAUGAAAAGAAGGAGGACGAGACUACGAGCGUCUGGGAUCAAACGGCAACUGAUUCGGAGUCCGGACGAGGGAGAAACGAAGCAUUGAAUAUAGGGGAACAUGUUCG